AUGUCUAACUUCUUCGACACCAGGAACAUGAUGGCUGCCUGCGACCCCCGCCACGGCCGCUACCUGACCGUGGAGGCCGUGUUCCGCGGGCGGGUGUCCAUGAAGGAGGUAGACGAGCAGCUGCUGAAUGUGCAGAACAAGAACAGCAGCUACUUGGUAGAAUGGAUCCCCAACAGCGUGAAGACGGCCGUGUGCGACAUCCCACCACGCGGCCUCAAGAUGUCCGCCACCUGCAUCGGGAACAACACGGCCCUCCAGGAGCUCUUCAAGCGCAUCUCGGAGCAGUUCACCGCCAUGUUCCACCGCAAGACUUGA